GCCGGGGCGUCUAUAAAGCCGCCCUCCUCCGGGCAUAAACAAACCUCGCCUGGCUCCCGCUCUCCCCGCGGAGCGUGCUCCUGCCCUUGCUGCUCGCAGCCACCCCCGCCGGGCGCCGCCAGCCGAGCUCCGCUUCCUUUCGCCUUGCCCCCUCUAUCUGAGGCAGCUGACAGCAGGGACAUGUCUCGGGAGCUGCAGGACGUGGACCUUGCAGAGGUGAAGCCUUUGGUGGAGAAAGGAGAGACAAUCACUGGCCUCCUGCAAGAGUUUGACGUUCAGGAACAGGACAUCGAGACUUUACAUGGCUCUAUUCAUGUCACACUCUGUGGAACCCCCAAGGGAAACCGGCCUGUCAUCCUCACAUACCACGACAUUGGCAUGAACCACAAAACCUGCUACAACCCCCUCUUCAACUCCGAGGACAUGCAGGAGAUCACCCAGCACUUUGCUGUCUGCCACGUGGAUGCCCCUGGCCAGCAGGAUGGUGCUGCAUCCUUCCCCUUGGGGUACAUGUACCCCUCCAUGGAUCAGCUGGCUGAAAUGCUUCCUGGAGUCCUUCACCAGUUUGGCCUGAAAAGCAUUAUCGGCAUGGGAACUGGAGCGGGUGCCUACAUCCUUACUCGAUUUGCUCUGAACAACCCCGAGAUGGUGGAGGGCCUCGUCCUCAUCAAUGUGAACCCCUGUGCGGAAGGCUGGAUGGACUGGGCCGCCUCCAAGAUCUCCGGAUGGACCCAAGCCCUUCCAGACAUGGUGAUAUCCCACCUUUUUGGGAAGGAGGAAAUGCAGAAUAAUAUGGAGGUGGUCCAUACCUGCCGCCAGCACAUCGUGAACGACAUGAACCCCAGCAACCUGCACUUGUUUAUCAACGCCUACAACAGCCGGCGGGACCUGGAGAUUGAGCGGCCGAUGCCAGGAACCCACACCGUCACCCUGCAGUGCCCUGCUUUGCUGGUUGUGGGGGACAAUUCUCCUGCUGUGGAUGCUGUGGUGGAGUGCAACUCGAAAUUGGACCCAACAAAGACUACUCUUCUUAAGAUGGCAGAUUGUGGUGGCCUCCCGCAGAUCUCCCAGCCAGCCAAGCUCGCUGAGGCCUUCAAGUACUUUGUGCAGGGCAUGGGAUACAAAUAAUCCCAUGAGAUACUCUUCCCCUCCUUUUACAAAUGAUGAAACUGAGGCUUUGAGAGACUUAGCAAGGAGCAGGGUAGAGAUCUGCAAAUGUUCUUCGAAAGCUCCGACACUCUGUGUAAGUGGGUGGAAAAGUUGCUUGUUUUUAAGACAGAACGUGUCUUUGCUAAAUCAUUAGAUUUAGGAAUUGAAGUAUAAAUAGCUGCAUAAUCCACAAACUUGCUGCUUCCUGCAUUACAGUUAUAGUUUAUUUGUUAGAUCCCUCCAGCCCUUUUCCAGAAACAUAGCUCCAUGAGUAGGGCAGACAAUGCCAGGCUGAGGCACACUGCUGGGUGACAGCACAAGUGGUGCUGGUCAGUGUGUUCUUUGGGCUCUUGCUGUGUAUUGCUUGAAAUUGUAAUUUAUCUGCCCAUCUUAACUCAGAAGGCUGAAUGUCUAAUCACUCUCUUGUUUUCUCUGAAACUUCACCUGUUUGCUCCUUUAAAAUAGUAAUGCAGUGUUUGGUAAACUGACCACAGUCUGAAGAUUGACCUCAGCUAUGUUUAGCUUUUAGUGAGACCAAGAGCAGACGAGCCUGAUUUAUAUACUUCGGGAAGGAUCCUUGUCCCAGGGUGCCCUUUUCCAACAGAAAAUACCUGCCUGUGGGUCUCCUGGCUUUCGGCCACUUUCCCUACGGGGAAAGCUUGGAGGCAAAGGCAGUAACUGGAGAAAGCCGCUGGGCAGCCUUUGUUUACCUUGCAGGACGCAAAUGGUAACUUAUUUGUCUUGGAUCUGCCUUCGGUGCGGAUUUCUGCUUUGCAAGUGGAUUCUGUGGAAAAAGGAAGGGAAAGACAGGCCUUGUUCCCCUCCCCUGCAGAACACACCAGCUCCUACGUCCAGAGAGCGGAAACUUCCUGCAGGGUGUAGGAGAAGAGGACAGGAAGAGUUAAAAGCCCAGAGGUAUCCACCAAAGGAAAGAAAGUAAUCAUUAAUUGAGUGCCUAAAGGAGGGUAGGCCAGGGGGGCCAGCCCUUGGCAUCUGUGACACCAUUCUCUAGUCACCAGCGCUUUACAGGAUCAGUGAAACACCCAGAUUUGGGGUCUAGAGAGAGGGGCUCAUUGUGAGUGAUGAAUGUGGGAUUGAUCCAAUUCUUUCUGGAUUCCAAAACUAGCCCUUUGAGGAGGGAACGCAGUACAGCAAAGAUUAAUUCUGUCUGUAGAUGUCUGCCAUAGAAUGCCAACCCCUAUGCCCACCAAGCAAAUAUGUAACCCCUGCAUGCUGGUGUGUUUAUCAACUGCCUCAGUUUGUGAUGUGAUUACUCAUGGUGGCCUUUGCAGUGAUGUCCCACUUGGGUGGUGGUUUUACAUCCUGUGGCUGCAACAACAAAUGUCCACAAGCUCUGCAACUUACAAAAACAAAUUUAUUUUCUCAAAGUAGUAUAGUUUUAGCAGCACAAGUCCAAAAUUGAGAUGUUUUCAGGGUCAUGUUCCCUCCAAAGAUUCUAGGAAGAAUCCUUCCCUUCCUCUUCCCUGCUUCUGGAGGCUGCUCGCAGUCCUUGGUGUCCUUGUUUGUAGCCACAUGACUCCGAUCUCUGUCUCCGUCAUCACGGGGCCUUCUCCGUGUGUGUGUGUGUGUGUGUGUGUGUGUGUGUGUGUCUUCUCUGAGGAGGAUACCAGCCUUUGCAUUGAAAGCUCACCCUAAUCCAGUAAGACCUCAUCUUAACUAAAUAGAUCUGCAAAGACCUUAUUUCCAAAUAUGUUAUACUCUGGGGUUCUGGCAGGCAUGAACUUUGGAAAGACGUUAGUCAGCCCAGUACUAGUAAGGGUUAUUCUGUCUUCAUUCCUCUUUAUCAGCCAUCUGCUGUAUGUAGGGGCAUUUGAAGUCCCACAAAAUAGACAGGACCCUCAAUCAUUCCUGUGAGCUCACAGGUUUCUUGGGGAAGAGCUUAUAGCUGCCAGCCUGGCUGCAAACUCACUGUGUGGCCUCGGUUCUCACCGUAUGAUGUGUAGGGAUUAGCCUGGCUGACCUCAAUCAUCCUCCCCACUCCAGAGACUGUAGACAGUGUGGGGCGGUGGACACAUGCAGGCACUGAUACCAGGGGGUCAGCAUUAGUAUUCCCAUUUUACAGACGAGAAUAGGGAGCUCAGAGAGGGACGCACCCAAACUGACACAACUAUUAAGCAAGUGGCAGGACUGGGAUUCGGGCUCAGCUCUGGAUUCAGGUCACUGUGGGCCUCUGUGAGCAGAUAGAGAGACCGCAGGGAGCCCUGGACUGCCAUGAGGAUGGGCAGGAGACCGAGGUUCUUGGCCAGGGCGGCUGAGGGAGGCACCAUCUCCGGCAGGCAGGUGCCGCUAGCAUUCUCCCACCAUUAACAGGGCUCU